AAAUAAACCCUAAAAAAUAAAAAAUAAAAAAAUAUUAUUUUUUAUUUUUAUUUUUAUUUUUGUUUGCGAAAGGGGCCAUCACACUUUUUUUGCACUGUUGCUUCUCUCCUUUCUCUUCUCUCUCUCUUUCUGAGAAAGCCAAAGGGUUUGGGAGAGAGUGGGAGUGGAGGUCUGCUGUACGAUUCGCUUUCUUCUCUCACAAGCCGUAUUUACUGUGAAGCUGGUUUUUGUUUUCUGAGACAUCGUCAACAUGGUGAGGAAGAAGAGAACCGAUCCUAGUGGGGGUGAAAGCUCUGAGUCUCAGGAAGCUGGUCGAGGUUCUCAGCAGCGCCCUGCUGAGAGGGGUGGUCAACCACAACAUGGUGGUGGAGGAGGUUAUCAAGGCGGUGGUAGGGGUUGGGCUACACAGGGGGGUCGUGGCGGUGGAGGCCGUGGUAGAGGAAUGCCUCAACAGCAUCAGCAGUAUGGUGGCCCCCCUGAAUAUCAAGGCAGGGGAGGAAGGGGAGGGCCACCUCAGCAAGGAGGUGGUCGUGGCUACCAGGGUGGUACCCGUGGGGGAGGACCUUAUGGGGGUCCGUCGAGACCCCAAGUUCCCGAGCUGCACCAAGCAACCCCUCAAUAUCAAGCUGGGGUCCCCACUCAGCCUUCACCUCCUUAUCAAGCUGGGCCGCCAACUCAGCCUACACCUUCUGAGGCGGCCGCGAGUUCUUCUUCCAGACCACCUGAGAUUCCACAAAUGUCACAGCAGUUUGAGCAGCUUGCCAUCCAACAAGAAGGUGGACCUAGCCAAGCAAUUCAGCCUGUGCCACCUUCAAGCAAGUCAGUAAGGUUUCCUCUUCGACCUGGCAAGGGUAUGUCAGGAAAAAGAUGUGUGGUCAAGGCCAAUCACUUCUUUGCUGAGCUACCAGACAAAGAUUUACACCAGUAUGAUGUUACUAUUACACCAGAGGUCACAUCAAGGGGUGUAAACCGAGCUGUGAUGGAGCAGCUGGUGAAAUUGUAUAGGGAGUCUCAUCUUGGAAAAAGGCUUCCUGCCUAUGAUGGGCGCAAGAGUCUUUAUACUGCGGGGCCGCUUCCUUUCAUAUCAAAGGAGUUCAAAAUCAGUCUCAUUGAUGAAGAUGAUGGAUCAGGAGGAGCACGGAGAGAGAGGGAAUUUAGGGUUGUCAUCAAAUUGGCUGCACGUGCUGACCUGCACCAUUUAGGACUCUUUUUGCAGGGCAAGCAAGCUGAUGCACCUCAAGAGGCCCUUCAGGUCCUUGAUAUUGUUCUGCGCGAAUUGCCUACGACUAGGUACUGCCCUGUUGGUCGCUCAUUUUAUUCCCCUGAUCUAGGUCGAAGGCAGCCACUUGGUGAAGGUCUGGAAAGUUGGCGUGGCUUCUACCAAAGUAUUCGUCCAACUCAGAUGGGGCUCUCUCUGAAUAUAGAUAUGUCUUCUACUGCCUUCAUUGAGCCAUUGCCAGUUAUUGACUUUGUUACUCAGCUUCUGAGCCGGGAUGUCUCCCAGAGACCUUUGUCUGAUGCUGAUCGUGUAAAGAUUAAAAAGGCCCUUCGUGGGGUCAAAGUUGAAGUUACCCACCGUGGAAAUAUGCGCAGAAAAUACCGCAUAUCUGGUUUGACAUCUCAGGCGACUAGAGAGCUGACUUUUCCAGUUGAUGAAAGAGGUACCAUGAAGUCUGUGGUUGAGUACUUCUAUGAGACUUAUGGCUUUGUUAUUCAGCACACCCAAUGGCCUUGUCUACAAGUUGGAAAUCAGCAGAGACCAAACUAUCUUCCUAUGGAGGUCUGUAAAAUUGUAGAGGGUCAGAGGUACUCCAAGAGACUGAAUGAGAAACAGAUCACUGCUUUGCUGAAGGUUACCUGUCAGCGCCCUCAUGACAGGGAACUUGAUAUUAUGCAGACUGUUCAGCAUAAUGCUUACCAUGAAGACCCUUAUGCCAAAGAGUUUGGAAUUAAAAUCAGUGAAAAGCUUGCUCAGGUUGAAGCACGCAUUCUUCCUGCACCAUGGCUUAAGUAUCAUGAUACUGGUAGAGAAAAGGAUUGCCUGCCUCAAGUUGGACAAUGGAACAUGAUGAAUAAGAAAAUGGUGAAUGGUGGAACAGUAAAUAAUUGGAUCUGCAUUAAUUUCUCUCGAAAUGUGCAAGACAGUGUGGCACGUGGGUUCUGUUAUGAACUGGCUCAAAUGUGUUACAUUUCUGGCAUGGCAUUUAAUCCAGAACCAGUACUCCCUCCCAUCAGUGCUCGUCCUGAUCAUGUGGAGAAAGUCUUAAAAACCCGUUAUCAUGAUGCCAUGACUAAACUGCAACCUCAGGGGAAGGAGCUUGAUCUCCUCAUUGUUAUUUUGCCAGAUAAUAAUGGCUCUCUCUAUGGUGAUUUGAAGCGGAUUUGCGAGACAGAUCUUGGCCUUGUCUCUCAAUGCUGUCUGACAAAGCAUGUCUUCAGAAUGAGUAAACAGUAUUUGGCCAAUGUGGCUCUGAAGAUAAAUGUGAAGGUUGGGGGAAGGAAUACCGUACUUGUUGAUGCAAUAUCCCGACGCAUUCCCUUAGUCAGUGACCGACCUACUAUAAUUUUUGGUGCUGAUGUUACCCAUCCUCAUCCUGGGGAGGAUUCAAGCCCGUCAAUUGCAGCUGUUGUGGCUUCUCAAGACUGGCCUGAAGUUACAAAGUAUGCUGGUUUGGUUUGUGCUCAAGCCCAUCGACAGGAGCUAAUCCAAGAUCUGUUCAAAACAUGGCAGGAUCCUAUUAGAGGGACAGUUACUGGUGGCAUGAUAAAGGAACUACUCAUAUCUUUCCGUAGGGCAACUGGCCAGAAACCACAACGCAUCAUAUUUUACAGGGAUGGUGUCAGUGAGGGGCAGUUUUAUCAAGUUUUGCUGUAUGAACUUGAUGCUAUUCGAAAGGCCUGUGCCUCCUUAGAGCCCAAUUAUCAGCCUCCUGUAACUUUUGUGGUGGUUCAGAAGCGUCAUCAUACAAGAUUGUUUGCCAACAACCAUCAUGACCGUAAUGCAGUUGACAAGAGUGGGAAUAUAUUACCUGGUACUGUUGUGGACUCGAAAAUCUGUCAUCCAACGGAGUUUGAUUUCUAUUUGUGCAGCCAUGCUGGAAUUCAGGGCACCAGCCGGCCGGCUCAUUACCAUGUUCUAUGGGAUGAGAACAAGUUCACUGCUGAUGGGUUGCAGUCCCUCACAAACAAUCUUUGCUACACAUAUGCAAGAUGCACUCGAUCGGUGUCCAUUGUUCCCCCUGCAUACUAUGCUCAUCUUGCUGCCUUCCGAGCUCGUUUCUAUAUGGAGCCAGAGACAUCUGACAGUGGGUCAAUGACCAGUGGUGCCGCUGCAGGGCGUGGAGGCAUGGGAGGAGGUGCGGUUCCACGAAUGCGACCAUCGGGUUUGAGUGCUGCUGUUAGGCCCUUGCCUGCCUUGAAGGAUAAUGUGAAGAAAGUUAUGUUUUACUGUUAGGGGUAUAUUAUAUGCUUUGCUAACUCUGGUUACUUAUGAUGACUCCUAGUUGUAGUAUUGUUUUAAAGUUUGUACUGUCAGGGCUGCAUGUCAUCGUAAAUGCUUAAGCUUAUACUCUGGUACUUAAUUACAGUAGUUGCUCAAACUUAUUUUCUGGUAAUUGAUACAGUAGAUUGACUA